GUUGUAUGUUUUUUUUUUCUUUUCGUUUUAUAUCUUUCUUACAUUCAUCGAAUCAUAGUGACCUUGUUAACCUUGUUACAAGCAUAACAGAAGUAGUAGGAAGUGUCUGUCGUACCUAUGAUACGACUAUCACUAAAAAUGACUAGAUGUCCGUUGGCCUCCAAAGUAAAUAGUAAUUACAUCUUCACCUUUCGCGGCUUGAUAUAUGCCCUAGUAUUAUGUGGCACAUGCCCCGUACAUACUGAAGUUUUAGAUGCAGUGACCAGUCCAAUGGCUUCGAUAUUCAUUUUAGCAAACGAUUUGUGGUGCCAAGAUCGACUUGGCCUCAAGUUGGCGCCUUCACACCGACCCACAAGAAUAAUGGGCAGCAAGUAUUUAUUGCCAAUAGGCUUCUCAGAACUAAGCUGCAGCUUUGCACCAUUGGUAGCAGGUCAGCGGAGUCACAGAGCCUGUGACGGAAUUGUGCGCAAAAUGACCCCGGGGUCAUUCGACGCCCGAGGAGCGACUUCAAGGAGUAGCUCAUAGGAUUUAGCCACACUUCCUAUCUCAGAAAACCGAGGAAUUGGUCGAGAGGGAA